AUGUCAAGAAAAAUUUCAGACUUUUUUAAAGUUGAACCAAAAUCAUCAGAAACUAAAAUUAACAAUAAAAAGUUAAAAAAUCAAAUGACAGCCAAAACCGAAAAUUCUUUAAAUCUUCGUGAAUGUCGAGUAAAAUUAGAUGACAUAAGAAAUGAUCAAAAAAUCAGCAAAAUAAAGCUAUUUGAUGAAAUUCUGACAAAAACUAAGAGCAGCACCAAGUUUAAGGAUUAUAAGUGUAAUAUCUGUGGGAAGACACUAUCAACAAAUCAGAAUUUGAAAAGGCAUAUUGAAAAUAUCCAUCAAAUUAGUGCAUUUGGUUGCACAAUAUGCAGCAACAGUUUUAUGACUCAAAACUAUUUAAAUCAACACAUCAAGACCGAACAUCUAGUCGGCAAAAAUGAAUAUUUUGAAUGUGAUUUUGAUGGUAAAAUCUUCAACAAAAAAACAAAUUUUGUUAGUCACAUGAAUCUUCAUCUUUCAUUAGUUAAAUGUGAAAUUUGCCAUAAAAUGAUAUCAGUCCAGUACAUUUAUAAUCACCGUAAAAAUGUUCACGCGAUCGACUGUAAGUAUCAAUGCAAAAUAUGCUUAAAAAGCUUCAAAUCAAUCAAUUAUUUGCGAAAUCAUAAAAAAAUUCACGACAAGAAAUACAAAUGUGAGAUUUGCGACAAGAAAUUUAUAUAUCAAGGACUCCUCAAAACACACGUUACGCUGCUUCAUGAAAGUGAAAAAAGCUUUGAAUGUAAAAUUUGUAAUAAGAAAUUUAACCUAAAAGUUCUAUGGAAAAAACAUCAAAAAGUUCACGAAAUAUAUCGUUCAAAGCCAUUCAAAUGUGAAAAAUGUGACUUCGCGACAGACAACAAAAGAUAUUUUAAAAAGCAUCAAAUUUUUCACAAUCGUCAAGACAAAAAGUUUUUGGCUAUGAAAAAUCCACUUCAAUGUGAAAAAUGUAAAAUAUUUUGUAGGGAUUCUAAAGCUUUAAAUGGUCACAAGUUAAAUGUUCAUCCAAAAGUUUUGUUUCAAUGCGAUUUAUGUGCAAAGUUUAUCAAAGUCAAGAAAAGCGUUAUCAGUCACAUGAAAGUCCACUUUCUCAAAAAUUAAAGAUUUCUCUGAAUAAGCACGAUGCCAAGACACGAGUACGUCUAUAGACCUGAUGUACCCUGCAAUGUACCUAGUCACAAUUUGUGUGCUCAAGAUGCUGUAAUGAAAUCCUCCAGAUGCUAGCAUAUCCUUGUAUACCUAGCAAAGGAGGCAUAUUCUAUGCCGAAGACUUCAAAACAACACCAAACUCAUGAACCGAGCUUCGUAACUAGAAAAAGGUGAAUUGGAAAAAGAGCUUCUAAAACUCGACUUGGCCUGAUAUUGAACUUGGCACAUAAAUCUUAAGCUGAAUAUUGUCAUCAAUUUAAACAUAUUCUUGUUAGUUGUUAAAAAUGCUGACCAACUCAAAAUCUUUCCUUUUCAUGUUUGGAGAUAAUUUCUUGAAAAUGAGAAAAUUCUCUUGCAAUUUAUAAAUAUUGUUCUCUCUCUUUGUUUUGGACAUUUCAGUGAGAGAUUGAAUUUU